GAGGGGAGGCGGCCAUGGCGGGAGGGGGCGGAUGGGACCCGCUCGUCGACUCCGAGAUCCACGGCUUCCUCACCUACGCAGACUUGAACUAUGAGAAGCUGGUGGCGGAGGCGGCGGCGCGCUGGUUCCGGCCGAAUGAGAUCUACGCGAUACUGUCGAACCACGCAAGGUUCAAGAUCCAUGCACAGCCGGUCGACAAGCCCGUGAGUGGUACUGUCGUUCUUUAUGAUCGCAAAGUUGUCAGGAAUUUCCGUAAGGAUGGACAUAAUUGGAAAAAAAAGAAGGAUGGCAGGACAGUCCAAGAAGCUCAUGAAAAAUUGAAGAUUGGUAAUGAAGAAAGGGUUCAUGUCUAUUAUGCUCGAGGUGAAGAUGAUCCAAAUUUUUUUCGAAGAUGCUACUGGCUACUUGACAAAGAUUUGGAGCGUAUAGUUCUUGUGCAUUAUCGUCAUACAGCCGAGGAAAAUGCAAUGGCUCCUCCGAACUCAGAACCUGAAGUUGCAGAUGUUCCUACAGUGAAUUUGAUCCAUUACACCUCUCCUCUGACCUCUGCAGAUUCAACCUCUGCUCAUGCUGAGCUAUCUGUGCCAGAGGAAAUUAAUUCACAUGGUGGCAUAUCAGCUUCCAGUGAGACUGGCAAUCAUGAUUCUAGCCUGGAGGAGUUUUGGGCUAAUCUUUUGGAGUCAUCUAUAAAAAACGACCCAAAAAUUGAUGCUGCUGCUUGUGGUGGUCCCUUUGCAUCCAGUCAGGAGGUUAAUAACGGACCAAAGAAUUCUGGAGUCAACACCUUCAAGACCAGUAUGGCAAGUAAUGCAAUACCAUCAUUCAAUGUGGCGUCAGAAGUUUAUAGUACAAAUCAUGGCCUUAAUCAAGUAAAUGAAGAUCACUUCGGAGCUCUGAAGCAUCAAGGAGACCAGACUCAAUCUCUUCUGAUGUCUGAUGUAGAUUCUCAAUCAGAUCAAUUUACAAGGUCAUUGGUGAAAUCUCCAAUGGAUGGUAAAGUACCUGUUCCUAACGAUGUGCCUGCUAGGCAGAACAGUCUUGGACUGUGGAAGUACUUGGAUGAUGAAAGUACUGGUUUAGGAGAUAAUCCAAGCUUAGUUACACAGAGCUUCCGUCCAGUGACCAAUGGACUAUUCAAGAUUACUGAGAUCUCCCCAGAAUGGGCUUAUUCUACUGAGACUACCAAGGUCGUGGUGGUUGGAAACUUCUAUGAGCAAUACAAGCAUCUGACUGGGUCUGCUAUGUAUGGUGUCUUUGGUGACCAAUGUGUUGCCGGAGAUAUUGUUCAAACUGGUGUUUAUCGUUUCAUGAUUGGACCACAUACACCUGGACAAGUGGAUUUUUAUUUGACUUUGGAUGGGAAAACACCAAUCAGUGAGAUUUGCAGUUUCACAUAUCAUGUUAUGCAUGGUAGUUCCUUGGAGGGUAGGUUGCCAUCAUCUGAGGACGAGCACAAAAGAUUAAAUCUUCAGAUGCAGAUGAGACUAGCUCGUUUGUUGUUUGCCACAAACAAGAAAAAAAUAGCACCAAAGUUGCUUGUAGAGGGUUCCAAAGUUUCCAAUCUCAUCUCAGCAUCACCAGAGAAGGAAUGGAUGGAUUUAUGGAAUAUUCUUAGUGAUUCAGAAGUCACAAAUGUUCCUGCUACUGAAAACUUGCUUGAACUAGUUUUGCGAAAUAGAUUGCAAGAGUGGCUUGUUGAAAUGGUAAUGGAAGGCCAUAAGUCUACGGGCCGUGAUGAUCUAGGGCAAGGAGCUAUCCAUCUUUGCUCUUUCCUUGGUUAUACUUGGGCUAUUCGAUUAUUUUCUUUGUCGGGAUUCUCCUUGGAUUUCCGUGAUUCUUCUGGUUGGACAGCUUUGCACUGGGCUGCAUAUUACGGGAGGGAAAGAAUGGUUGCUGCUCUUCUGUCUGCUGGAGCAAAUCCAAGCUUAGUUACAGAUCCUACUAGUCAAUCCCCUGCUGGAUUAACUGCUGCUGAUCUUGCGGCAAGACAAGGUUACGAUGGCCUGGCAGCAUAUCUUGCUGAGAAAGGAUUGACUGCACAUUUUGAGGCCAUGUCACUCUCCAAGGAUGCUGAGCAAUCGCCGUCAAAGACGAGACUAACAAAAGUACAAAGCGAGAAGUUUGAGAACCUUAGUGAACAAGAACUUUGCUUGAAAGAAUCUUUAGCAGCCUAUCGUAAUGCUGCUGAUGCUGCCAGUAAUAUCCAGGCUGCACUCAGGGAGAGAACUCUUAAGCUUCAAACAAAAGCAAUUCAAUUGGCUAAUCCUGAGCUUGAAGCAUCUGAGAUAGUUGCUGCUAUGAAGAUUCAGCAUGCAUUCCGGAACUACAACAGAAAGAAAGCGAUGAGAGCUGCUGCACGAAUACAGAGUCAUUUCCGUACAUGGAAGAUGAGGAGGAACUUCAUUAACAUGCGAAGACAAGUUAUCAGGAUACAAGCUGCAUACCGAGGUCAUCAAGUGAGAAGGCAGUACCGAAAGGUAAUAUGGUCUGUUGGAAUUGUGGAGAAAGCAAUUUUGCGAUGGAGAAAGAAGAGAAAAGGCUUGCGUGGGAUUGCAUCUGGAAUGCCAGUAGUUAUGACUGUCGAUGCAGAAGCAGAACCAGCAAGUACCGCAGAAGAAGACUUCUUCCAGGCCGGCCGGCAACAAGCUGAGGACAGGUUCAAUAGAUCUGUGGUACGUGUUCAAGCCUUGUUCCGUUCUUACAAGGCACAACAGGAGUACCGGAGGAUGAAGGUUACUCAUGAGGAGGCCAAGUUGGAGUUCAGUGAAGGGCAGCUAGGAGCAGCACGCAGGAGGUGAAAUGGCUUCUAGGGACAGCUAGUUUCUCUAGUUCUUCUCUUGUACAUUGGAAAGUUAGGACAACCUGCAGUUUGCCGAUGCUGUACAUUUUAGGACCAUCUGAAUUGAUCUGAUACUGCUUUGUUGACCCUGGCUGAUGAAUUUGAUGUUAGCCUUGCAACUGUUCUGAUUGUUUGCGUUUGGUUGGCGUUGAGCUGGGCAUAAGCAGCGUCUGCUUCAAAUUAUAUGUAGAUGCAAGUACAUGUCAUGUUGUAAAUGCUAAUAAGAUAGCAAUAAUCAGCAGCGCCCUGAGUCAGUGACAAGUGUGUGGUUUUUAUCUGGUU